CAGCCAGUGGCCGCGCGUCUUUCGCGAUUGUCGGACCGCGCGUACGAAUAACGGGAAGGUGUUCUCGAUCGCGUGCUCGUUUCAAGAGAAACCGGACGUCCUCUUCGGGAAUCCCUAUCCUUACAUCCAAAUAAUCGAACAGUGAUCUGACAGUGUCCAUCGACGGGAUCGACCUAGUGAAAAAUUUUACCAACCCUCUUUAAUUAACCGGGUCACAUUACUAUAGGGAUGUUAUAACCAGUAUUUAUAAUUAACGAAACUGGAAGUACGGAUUGUUCAGACGUUUUUAUAGUGUAUAAAGAAUUGAAAGGGCUGAUCAUGAGGACAUGAUAAAAUUUCUUUCUAAAAGGAACAGCUAAUCUUUCUCCAAAGAAAAUUUUCCACGUGUGUUUUACAUCCUUCAUGUUCUUCCUCCGAUUCGUUUCGAACGCGAAAAGGUCGACGAUCGAACGCGAGUUUCCGGUGUCGUAGUAUGAUGACGGGUCACGGGUUAAUGAGAGCUCGGACGAGAUAAUGUCGCGUAAUGGUUAUGUAAGGUUGAACAUUGCCGAUGAAUAGUGGGCACCAUAACGAGCGGUGUAAUUAACUUAUUCGAUGGGAAUAAUUAUCGAACGUAGCCUAUCAAUUUAAAAGAGUGAUACGUUCCACUGUGAAGAUUCGAGUGGAUGUUGGAUGUGGAAAGCAUGCUACGGAGGACAAGCAUCGUGCGGUGAACUAUAGUGUUCUGGUGUUCCAAAUGACGACGGGGUGGUUCCAGUGAAAGAGACGGAGUGACGCGUAUCCAAGGAACUCGUUUUCCUUUUUCCCGGACCGUGAAUGUUCCCAGAUAUUCGUCGGAUAAAAAGGAAACGUGGCGCGGACAAUGACGAUUUCUUGAAGAUUUUCAUCGACCCGCACGACGAGGACCCGAAAAUGUGUAACUCCGUGGCAAAGUGUCCGUGAACGUUUGAGUUUCGUGUAUUUACGUAUCUCUUCUCACCUUGUAUAGCAUUCUGUCCCGUGACAGAAGUACGCAAGAACGAUGUCAUAGUCAGGUGCGAGUUGAGGUCACGACCGACACAAUGGCACUGUUGUUCGCCAUCAUUGUCAUCUUGGUCACCACUGUCAUGUCGCUGCCGCCGGUCAUCAGAAUCGGUGCGAUCUUCACGGAGGAUCAAAAGGACAGUCCGUCGGAGUUGGCGUUCAAAUACGCCAUCUAUAAAAUCAACAAGGACAAAACCCUGCUGGCGAACACGACCUUGGUCUACGAUAUACAAUACGUGCCUAAGGACGAUUCUUUCAGGACCUCUAAAAAAGCUUGCAAGCAGCUGUCCAGAUCGGUCCAAGGGAUCUUCGGCCCGUCUGAUCCUCUUCUGGGCGCUCACAUACAAAGUAUAUGCGAAGCUCUGGACGUGCCGCACUUAGAAGCCAGGGUCGACUUCGAGCCGACGUUCAAGGAGUUCAGUAUAAACCUCUAUCCCUCGCAGGACCACUUGAAUAAAGCUUUCAAGGAUCUGAUGUCCUUCUUAAACUGGACCCGAGUGGCAAUUAUCUACGAGGAGGAUUACGGAUUAUUUAAGCUGCAGGAUCUCGUUAAAUCGCCACCUUCCACGAGGACAGAGAUGUACAUCCGCCAGGCAGGACCUGGAUCCUACAGGCAAGUCCUUCGGGAAGUCAGACACAAGGAGAUUUACAAACUGAUCGUCGACACGGAUCCCGCGCACAUGCAGCAAUUUUUUCGAGCGAUACUACAGCUGCAGAUGAACGAUUACAGAUACCACUACAUGUUCACCACGUUCGACAUCGAAACGUUCGAUUUGGAGGAUUUCAAGUAUAACAGCGUGAACAUGACUGCGUUUCGUCUGGUGGACCUCGAGGAACCAAAGGUGGCGGAAGUUCUCCGACAGAUGGAACGCUUCCAGGUCGGCUUCCAGCCGAUUGGCCACGCGAUCCUCAACAAAACCGGAGUUAUCCAGGCAGAACCAGCUUUGGUGUACGACAGCGUGCAGGUUUUCGCGCACGGUUUGGCGGCAUUGGACCGCAGCCAUGAGCUGAGGCUCGCUAAUUUAUCGUGCGAGAAAGAGAAACCAUGGGACGACGGUCUUUCUCUCUACAACUACAUUAACGCCGCAGGCUUACACGGGCUAACCGGACAUAUCGAGUUCAACGAAGGAAAGCGGAACAAUUUCAAGCUGGACUUGCUGAAAUUGAAAAAAGAAGAGCUAGUGAAGGUGGGAGAAUGGAAGCCUGGUUCCGGAGUGAACGUGACUGACGUUGGGGCUUUUUAUGAGACAACCGCCACUAAUAUUACCCUGGUCGUUAUGACGAGAGAGGAAAAACCUUACGUGAUGGUGAAGGAGGACAAGAAUCUGACCGGAAACGCGAGAUUCGAAGGGUUUUGCAUCGAUUUGCUCAAGUGGAUCGCUGGUCAAGUCGGGUUCCAAUACGCCAUAAGAGUGGUACCCGAUCACAUGUAUGGCGUUUACGACCCGGAAACCAAAGAAUGGAACGGAAUCGUCCGGGAACUGAUGGAGAAGAGAGCGGACCUGGCUGUCGCAUCCAUGACGAUAAACUAUGCACGAGAAAGCGUGAUUGAUUUCACCAAACCGUUUAUGAAUCUCGGUAUCGGGAUUCUGUUUAAGGUGCCCUCCAGCCAACCAACGCGUUUGUUCUCCUUCAUGAACCCGUUGGCCGUCGAGAUCUGGUUAUACGUGCUGGCCGCGUAUAUGCUGGUAAGCUUCACCCUGUUCGUCAUGGCACGAUUCAGCCCGUACGAGUGGAACAAUCCGCACCCAUGCCUCGCGGAAAGCGACGUGGUCGAGAACCAGUUCAACGUCAGCAACAGCUUUUGGUUUAUCACUGGCACGUUCCUCAGACAGGGCAGUGGGCUCAACCCCAAGGCAACUAGCACGAGAAUCGUGGGCGGAAUCUGGUGGUUCUUCACCCUGAUCAUCAUCUCCUCUUACACGGCGAAUUUAGCGGCUUUCUUAACAGUGGAGAGGAUGAUAACGCCGAUCGAAAACGCGGCCGAUCUUGCUGAGCAAACCGAGAUCGCUUACGGCACUUUGGAGGGUGGCAGUACGAUGACCUUUUUCAGAGAUUCGAAAAUCGGCAUAUACCAGAAGAUGUGGAGGUUCAUGGAGUCGAAAUCACCCUCGGUGUUCGUGAAGAGCUACGAGGACGGGGUGAAAAGAGUAUUAGAGGGUGACUACGCAUUUCUGAUGGAGUCUACCAUGCUCGAUUAUGCGGUGCAACGAGACUGCAAUCUCACACAAAUCGGUGGUCUGUUGGAUAGCAAAGGAUACGGGAUCGCCACGCCAAAAGGUUCACCCUGGAGGGAUAAAAUAUCUCUGGCGAUUCUGGAGCUACAAGAGAAGGGGGUGAUACAGAUCCUGUACGAUAAGUGGUGGAAGAACACCGGGGACGUGUGCAACCGAGACGAGAAGAGCAAGGAGAGUAAAGCUAACGCGUUGGGCGUCGAAAAUAUCGGUGGUGUCUUUGUCGUGCUUCUAUGCGGCCUGGCGUUAGCGAUCCUCGUGGCGAUCCUCGAGUUCUGCUGGAACUCGAAGAGAAACACCCAAUCGGAUCGGUCGCUAUGCGCCGAGAUGGCCUCGGAAUUGCGGUUUGCCGUGCGCUGCGGCUCCAGGCAGAGACCAGCGGCGAAAACGCGCAAUUCCGAUGCCGCGGUGCCCUGCGGUCGUUGCAGUCCACGUGCCAGCAGAAGAAGGACGCGAUAUUGUUCGACCGGCCACGAAGAGACCACCUACAUACCGAGCAUCGAGAUACCACGGUUAAAUGGUCAGGAGGGUGGUGCGUUGUCGAUGACGGAGAUGAAGAAAUCAUUGAGCUUCGAUCAAGUGGGAGCGGGCCGUGGCGGGAACACCUAGCACAGGCCUCAUCCUCGUCUUCAUCCUCAGCAGCAGCAGCAACAGCAGCAACAGCAACAGCAACAACAGCAACCGCCACCGUGCAA